AUGCCUUCUCCCCAGAAUGUGAAACGGCUUGUCCUUACAGGCGCCGUCACGGUAAUUACCAUCGCCGGAUCGCUUUAUGGUGCUGGAAUCAAAACCGGGCAACAAGUUACUCAGCAAGCCCAAAAAUCCAGAGAUGUCACAAUCGACGAGCGAAUCAACAGUCUUCGGGGCAUGCGACAGAAUUUGAUGUCGAAGAAAGAGCUCGUGGAGAGGCAACUCAACGACCUGGAGACCAGAAUUGAGGAAAGGAAGCUCAAGAAUCUCGACGGGCCCAAGCAAGAGCCACCGCAUCAUAGGUAA